AAAUUUUAAGACUAACUUUAAAGUUGAGUCUAAACUUGAAAGACGUACCUAAAAUUUUGUAUCGAGCGGAGCCUUCAGGAACCAAGUAUCAUGGGUUCAAAGAAGACGGAAACGAUCGGCCGUCCACAAAAGACCCAUACGCUCACACUACAGUGACUACCCUCUACGUUCUCACUCUUUAAAUCUUGAUUCUUCUGGAAAUGUAUUCCAACACUCUUUGAAUCAAAGCAUCGAAUACGUUAUGUCUGUUCUCUGAUGAAAAUCAAAGCUUAAAUCUAUCUUUCAAAAACCCAAAAACUAAAAAGAAAAGAGACCAAUACCAGCAACAGAAUUGAGAAAACUAAAAAUUAGUGUGAGCGGGUAGAAGAGAUGAUGCUACCCGUACUAAAGCUAGGAACUCUUGCGCUGAAAACCGCUUGCAAACCCAUUGCUAAUCGUCUCAAGAAAGAAGCUGGUUUACAUCCCAGAUUCCGCCAAUUGAUCAUCAAUUUUGCCCAGGCAAAUCAUCGAUUUACAACCACGAUGCAAAGACGAAUUUACGGUCAUGCAACUGAUGUUGCAAUACGCCCCUUGAACGAGGAGAAAGCUGUCCAGGCUGCUGCCGAUCUUCUGGGGGAGCUUUUUGUAUUCACGGUUGCAGGAGCUGCUAUUAUUUUUGAGGUACAAAGAAGCUCCAGAUCAGAAGCAAGAAAAGAGGAGCAGCGCAAACAAGAAUUGGAGGCAAUGAAACAAAAAGAUGAAGAUGUAGCACGAGAAGUUGAGCUGAUUAAACUAAAAAUUGAAGAGCUGGAGCAACUAGCAAGAGGACGAGGACUUGCUGGUUUAUUCAACUCCAGGCAUGCACAUGAUGCUGAAGGUGUAAAAGCCAAACCAUCUUGAUUAUUUCAGGAACCAAGCUUGAGUCUAAAUUUCAAUGUAAGACCUAACUUGACCUCAGUAACAUUUUGAUAUUCCAAAGAAGUUGUUCAAACUCCAACAAGACAUUUGAGAGAGGGGAAAUGAAAAACAUUUAUGCUGAUAUAAUACAAUUGGGUAUAAUUCUCAGCUUCUGCUGAAUUUUAGUUUGUUUGGACAUCUGGGAAUUGGAAAGCUCCAGCUUAGAUGCUUAUAGCUGCCUUUGAAACAUGAAAGCUUGAUGUUAGGAGGCUUUGGUAUUUUACAAAAUGUUUUAAAGCAUUGCAGAUCAUUUUCAUGUAA